GUUGCGAGUGUGCUGAGGCUGGGACUGUCACUCAUUCUCCGAUCAGCGCGUGAACGCAGCUCGGCAAGCCGCUGGCAGGAAACAAUUCUGCAAAAAUAAUCAUACUCAGCCUGGCAAUUGUCUGCCCCUAGGUCUGUGGCUCUGCCGCCGUCCACACUCUCUGCAAGGGGGGGGGGGCACAGAAUUUACCGCGGCAAGAACGUCCCUCCCAGCCAGCAGAUUACAAUGCUGCAAACUAAGGAUCUCAUCUGGACUUUGUUUUUCCUGGGAACUGCAGUUUCUCUGCAGGUGGAUAUUGUCCCCAGCCAAGGGGAGAUCAGCGUUGGAGAAUCCAAAUUCUUCUUAUGCCAAGUGGCAGGAGAUGCCAAAGAUAAAGACAUCUCCUGGUUCUCCCCCAAUGGAGAAAAGCUCACCCCAAACCAGCAGCGGAUCUCCGUGGUGUGGAAUGACGACUCUUCCUCCACACUCACCAUCUACAAUGCCAACAUUGACGAUGCCGGCAUCUACAAGUGCGUGGUCACUGGCGAGGAUGGCAGCGAGUCGGAGGCCACGGUCAAUGUGAAGAUCUUCCAGAAGCUCAUGUUCAAGAAUGCACCAACCCCACAGGAGUUCAGGGAGGGGGAAGAUGCCGUGAUCGUGUGUGAUGUGGUCAGCUCCCUCCCCCCAACCAUCAUCUGGAAACACAAAGGCCGGGAUGUCAUCCUGAAAAAAGAUGUCCGAUUCAUAGUCCUGUCCAACAACUACCUGCAGAUCCGGGGCAUCAAGAAAACAGAUGAGGGCACUUAUCGCUGCGAGGGCAGGAUCCUGGCACGGGGGGAGAUCAACUUCAAGGACAUUCAGGUCAUUGUGAAUGUGCCACCCACCGUCCAGGCCAGGCAGAGCAUAGUGAAUGCCACCGCCAACCUCGGCCAGUCCGUCACCCUGAUAUGCGAUGCUGAAGGCUUCCCAGAGCCCACCAUGAGCUGGACAAAGGACGGGGAACAGAUAGAGAAUGAAGAAGAUGACAAAUACGUCUUCAGCGAUGACAGUUCUGAGCUGACCAUCAGGAAGGUGGAUAAGAACGACGAGGCCGAGUACGUGUGCAUCGCCGAGAACAAGGCUGGAGAGCAGGAUGCAUCCAUCCACCUCAAAGUCUUUGCAAAACCCAAAAUCACUUAUGUAGAGAACCAGACUGCCAUGGAACUAGAGGAACAAGUCACUCUUACCUGUGAAGCCUCAGGAGACCCCAUUCCCUCUAUCACCUGGAGGACUUCUACCCGAAACAUCAGCAGCGAAGAAAAGACUCUGGAUGGGCACAUGGUGGUGCGCAGCCAUGCCCGCGUGUCGUCUCUGACCCUGAAGAGCAUCCAGUACACAGACGCCGGAGAAUACAUCUGCACUGCCAGCAACACCAUCGGCCAGGACUCCCAGUCCAUGUACCUCGAAGUGCAAUAUGCCCCGAAGCUGCAGGGCCCUGUGGCUGUCUACACGUGGGAGGGGAACCAGGUGAACAUCACGUGCGAGGUAUUUGCCUACCCCAGCGCCACAAUUUCAUGGUUCCGGGAUGGCCAGCUGCUGCCAAGCUCCAAUUACAGCAAUAUCAAGAUCUACAACACCCCCUCGGCCAGCUACCUGGAGGUGACCCCAGACUCUGAAAAUGACUUCGGAAAUUACAACUGUACUGCAGUGAACCGCAUUGGACAGGAGUCUUUGGAAUUCAUCCUUGUCCAAGCAGACACCCCAUCUUCACCGUCCAUCGACCAGGUGGAGCCGUACUCUAGCACAGCACAGGUGCAGUUUGAUGAACCAGAGGCCACAGGUGGUGUGCCCAUCCUCAAAUACAAGGCCGAGUGGAGAGCAGUGGGCGAAGAAGUGUGGCAUUUCAAGUGGUAUGAUGCCAAGGAGGCCAACAUGGAGGGCAUUGUCACCAUCGUGGGCCUGAAGCCGGAGACGACGUACGCGGUGCGGCUGGCGGCCCUCAACGGCAAGGGGCUGGGGGAGAUCAGCACAGCCUCUGAGUUCAAGACGCAGCCAGUCCGGGAACCCAGUGCACCUAAACUCGAAGGGCAGAUGGGAGAGGAUGGAAACUCUAUUAAGGUGAAUCUGAUCAAACAGGAUGACGGCGGCUCCCCCAUCAGGCACUACCUGGUCAAGUAUCGAGCGCUCUCCUCAGAGUGGAAACCGGAGAUCCGGCUCCCAUCCGGCAGUGACCACGUCAUGCUCAAGUCCCUGGACUGGAAUGCUGAAUAUGAAGUCUACGUGGUGGCUGAGAACCAGCAGGGAAAGUCCAAGGCGGCUCAUUUUGUGUUCAGGACCUCGGCCCAGCCCACGGCCAUCCCAGCCAACGGCAGCCCUACAUCAGGCCUGAGCACUGGGGCCAUUGUGGGCAUCCUCAUCGUCAUCUUUGUCCUGCUACUGGUGGUGGUGGACAUCACCUGCUACUUCCUGAACAAGUGCGGGCUGCUCAUGUGCAUUGCCGUCAACCUGUGCGGAAAGGCUGGGCCCGGAGCCAAGGGCAAGGACAUGGAGGAGGGCAAAGCCGCCUUCUCGAAAGAUGAGUCCAAGGAACCCAUCGUGGAAGUGCGGACCGAGGAGGAGCGGACCCCAAACCACGAUGGAGGGAAACACACGGAGCCCAACGAGACCACCCCGCUGACGGAGCCCGAGCUGCCGGCCGACACCACAGCCACUGUCGAGGACAUGCUGCCUUCUGUCACCACCGUCACCGCUAACUCUGACACUAUCACCGAAACCUUUGCCACUGCUCAGAACAGCCCCACCAGUGAGACCACCACCCUGACCUCCAGUAUUGCCCCCCCGGCCACGGCCACGCCUGACUCAAACUCUGUGCCCACUGGCCAGGCCACCCCUUCCAAGGGGCCCGGCGCCACCGCCUCCUCCCCUCCCCCAGCUUCGGCCCCCAAGGUUGCCCCCCUCGUUGACCUGAGCGACACCCCGGCCUCAGCCCCUGCUGCCGGCAGUUUGUCUUCUAGUGUCCUGGCUCACCAGGGGGCUGUGCUCAGCCCCAGCGCCCCUGCCAGCGCGGGGGAGGCCUCCAAGGCCCCUCCCGCGAGCAAGCCGAGCCCCACCGCGGCCGGGGCAACCAGUCCCCUAGCGGCAGCGGCCGCCCCUGCCACGGCAGCCCCGCAGGCCAAGCAGGAGGCUCCCAGCACCAAAGGCCCGGACCCCGAGCCCACCCAGCCCGGCACCGUGAAGAGCCCGACCGAGGCAGCAGCCACGGGCCUCACUAGCCCGAAGAGCGAGGCUGCCUCCGUCAGCGCCACAAACCCUGCCCAGGGCGAGGACUUUAAAAUGGACGAAGGGAACUUCAAGACCCCAGAUAUUGACCUUGCAAAGGAUGUUUUUGCAGCCCUGGGCUCUCCUGCUCCCACCGCUGGGGCCAGUGGACAAGCCCCUGAGCUUGCCCCUUCCACUGCAGACAGCUCUGUUUCGCCUGCACCAGCAAAGACCGAGAAGGGCCCCGCAGAAGCAAAGUCGGAGAGCCAGGAGACAGAAACGAAACCAGCGCCAGCCGAAGUCAAGACGGUCCCCAAUGACGCCACACAGACAAAGGAGAACGAGAGCAAAGCAUGAUGGGUGACAAGAAAUGAGCAGAUCAAAGUAAAAAGUGACACCAUAGUUUCACCAGAGCAUUUCCAAUAUCACACACAGACACACACACGCACACACACACACACACACACACCUCAUUCCUCUAGUGUCUUUUGCCUUUAAAAAAAAAAAAGUAAACAGCUAAACCGGGGAUCUCCUUUUUGUAGGUUUAUAGAAAGGGUUCCUUUGCUGCGCACUCACUUGUAAGAAAAUGAGACAAAAAGGUUAAACCCACAGCCAAACUAGGACACUCCGUUCCCUGAAACCAUUUAAAAACCAAACAAAAGGACCCCAAAUUAAGAAUCUAGGAAGCUCAGAAAGAAAAAAAAAAAAUCUAGGUUCAGGAAGACCGCACUUGGUGUUGCCCAAUUGGCACAGACCAGUUUCAGAGAAGUGCUUCCAGGCACUAAGACUAACGAAUGAACAAAGUCCAAGUUUAUUUUUAUACUUUGAGUCGAGUUUGAACUCUGUAAAACCCCAUAAAUAAGUUAUAAUUUCUGUUCACUUUGUAUUUGUUCAGUAUGCAAAGUGUGUCACCCUUUCUAGCUGAAUUCAAUCCCCACGUAGACUCUCGUUUUGUAGGAAGAAGGCCAAAUUGCAGCUUCUGGGGGCAGAUCUCAGUUUGCAAUAUUCGAAUUUCUUUCUCCUUCUUUUCUCUCUCUCUCUCUUUUUUUUUUCUUUCUGCCAUCUUUGUUUUCCAGUGUUUACAAGUUGACAACUGUUUGACUUUGGUUGUGUUUAAAUGUCCAUGUAAAAUAGCUGCCUUUUUUUUUUUUUUUUUUUUUUAAGUUACAAAUACUGCCUAGAGGCGGGUAGAGUCAUCACAGGCUUGUUUUCGCACAGGACAACUUUACAAACUAUGAUUGUUUACAGUGGCUCUCCUCCCCCACCCCCCCCCCCCCCCCAUUCUGAUUUGAAAUUUUUGCCUGUGUGCAACUCAGGUGAAAAUCCAUCUUGUUCUGGAGUGGUUUUGCUUUUUUUUUUGCCUAAGGAGUUGGCCCCUUCAAUUUUUUUUUUUUUUCCUUGGGGGUUAGACCACUUUCUGAUUAGCCACCACCUGCCUGUAUCUGUGAAAAAGAGUCUGCCCCCCCUAGGCAUCUGCAUCCCCUUCCUUUUGAAGGACUCCUUAGGCUUUGUUGAAUGAAGCAGAGAAGAUUGUAUAGUUGGGGCUGGUCUUGGUGAACACACAUUUUUUACCCCAAACAUCCCCUUUUUGUAGAAAGCCAAAUAAAAUAUAUACAUACAAUUUCCUUUUGAGCCCAGAAUCUAGAUUUGAGCGGAAGAGCAUGUGUGCUUCAGGGAAUUAGUGUCUUUUUUUGGAAAUCUGUUGAAGUAAAGUAACAUCGGCCUUCUGUUCACUUAGGCAGCAUUUAUAGAAACAAAAGAAAAAAAAAAGCCAACUGCUGUCUGGAGUCAUAACACAACUUUCCUGGAUCGGAAACCAAGUGGGGAAAAAAAAAAAAAGAAACUUUAAGGGGGAUGGGAGGGGGGAGAAGGGAAAAGCCAGCCCUUUGUAUAGAAAUUUUGCUUUUUUUUUUUUCCUCAUUCUACUUUAGAACUGCAAGCUUGUGCACUGUGGAUGCGUGACUAUUUUAGUGUGAAACGUGUUUUUGUCAUAGUAUUGAAAUAAAACUUCAACAUAGUUUGGUUGUGGAAGGUAUAGCAGAUAGUUCAGAAAAAAAUAUUCAGGAAACAAGAAUAACUCUUAAAAGGAAUUGAAGCCUUUAAACAAAGAAAAUGAAGUAAGCGUGAUUUUGAUGAUGAAGAGGGCGCUAAUACGCGGAAAUCGGCGCCCCGGCAUGCGCUCCUGUCCCACGGUACAAAACCGCAAGAGGUUAGGGUGGCGAGACCUCUCCUGAGUCUGUUCUCCGGGCCACACUCCCCAGUGUCCUGACACUUCUGCGGUCUGAUCAGUGACGAUAUGCGAAGAUUAUAAUUUCAAACUGUGAAAAAAUAAUGGUCUUGUCAUUUGCUAAAUGUGGGGUUAUUUUGCAUUUUCUCAGCUCCUGGGGAUGGAAACGGAGGACCCCAUGCACCCAGCCCCGGCCCCUUUGAUUGUAGGGCUUGCACAAGUCUGUGGUUCAAAUGCACAGGCCCUCAGGCAUGAGUAACGUGCAGACAGUUCUCUGAGCACAUAGCAGAAUGGGGGCUCCUGGGUGCCCAAGACGGGGAGGGCCCAGCAAGGAGCAGCAGGCUAGGAAUCCCACCGCCGGGCUGUCCAUGGAAUCAGUGGCUCAUCUUCUGAUGUUCCUGGCGUUGACCACCUAGGCCAAGCCCGUGCUAUACCUCACCGAGACUGUGCAUUUCACGCCAAGUGGUUGUGAUCAGGCACACUGACUUUGGUUCUGAUGGUUAGGAAGAGAAAGAGGUAUAGUCGACCCUCAAGUAACCUGGCCCGGGGGCAGCUGACACCCCUCACCCACCCAGAACCCUGGCUCCGCCGUCAGCUGGCACCCAAGACUGCCCACCUUUUGGUCUGCCUCUCUUUCAUUAUACAUAGAUUUCUCUCUGCAUGCAUGAGCUUUCCUUUUUCUUUAAAAAAAAAAAUUCUAAAAAUUUUUAAAAAAGCAAAAACAAACAAACAAACAAACAAAAAAAACCCAGAGCAAUGCUUUCUCUAAAAUCAAAGAGGGAGUCACUUUAUUUUCAAGAUGUUCUAUCUUUUAUGUUAAGAGAUAAAAGCUUAUAGUUUUCCUUUUUUAAUUUUUUGAAGGCGGGAUCAACUCUACCAGUUUCCAAUGUCUAUGUGUCUAUAUGUGUAUGUGCCAUACAUAUGUAUUCACAUAAAUAGCGGCAUGGCCAAGUUCUUCUGGAGGGGUUUCCACGUGCCACGCACAGGGUCUCUGAAUCCUGGAGGGCCGUAGUGUACAUAGUGCAGCUUCUGAAGUGGGACUGUAUUUUCACACUUUUCUAUGGAGCCCUUCCAAGUCCCAGGUUUUCACUCGAGGCUGUCUGUCUGGAUGGUGGUUUUCAGACCUCCAUUAACAUCCCUACCCAGCAUUCCCUACUUCGGGGGCCUUCUCUCUUGUUAUAAACUUUUUACCAAGUGAAAACAUCAAUACCACCUUUGUUUCCAUUCUCACUGGUGUAAAUACUGAGUACUAACUGAGAAUUUUGACUUUGCAUUCUGUCAGAAUACUUGUGUUCAAUAAAAAUUGAAAGAAAA